AUGUCGCCAUUUUGAUUCGAAAAAUAUGACUGAGUUUUUCCUGCCUUGCAUGCUAAAGUUAGCCUCGCGUUUGAAUCACUUUGUGCGUGAGUACGAGCCAUACACCGUAUAUCGGGGAUAACAGGCGUCGCUUUUCGUGCCGGGUAGCCAUUGACGUCGGGGAACUGUUCUAUUUGGCAGACUUCACAGCAACAUUCGGCUAACGCUAGCUAAGUUGAGCUAGCUAACAGUAGCCAGCGUUGUCGCAGGCUGACCCCUUCUUCAAAACAAAUCACUAUCCGCACACAGGCUAAUGUGUGUUAGCUAACACUGAAAGCUAAUAGUUAGCUGGGUAGCUGGAGGUUUAAUAGCUGGUUGCUUGACGUAAAACUCCACCAACUAACAGACAGGAGGGAUAGCCGCGGGUUUUCAAUCAAAGGUUAUGGUGAGCCUCUCCGUGUCUCAUCUCCUAAAGAGGCCUGCAUUUUAAGAGGAGACCCAUGCUGAUAAAUGCCAGGCCUCGCCACACUCUCUGUCGUCUGCACAAACACAAAUGCCUGCCUGCCCGUGGGGGAGGUCUGAUUAAAGAUAUCCACAUUUCAUCCACUGGGCUGUGUCCCCCGUCCCAGCGGCAACCAUGUUUUGGAAGUUCGACCUGCACACCACCUCCCACAUUGAUCAGCUGCUGGACAGGGAGGACGUGACGCUGAGAGAGCUGAUGGAAGAGGAUGAUGUCCUGCAAGAGUGCAAGGCCCAAAACCGUCGAUUGCUCCUCUUCCUCUGCCAGGACCACUGCAUGCAGGAGCUGGUCAGCCUCAUCACCACAGAGCCUCCUGCUGACCUGGAGGAAAGGAGCCGCUUUAAAUUUCCCAACAUUGCUUGUGAGCUCCUGACAUCAGAUGUGUCCAUUAUAAAUGAUAAGCUGGGCGGGGAGGAGUCUCUCCUCGAGAUACUAUACCACUUCUUGGAGCAGGAUCCACCCCUCAACCCGUUACUCGCCAGCUUUUUCAGCAAAACUAUCGGCAACCUCAUUGCCAGGAAAACCGAACAGGUGAUUACCUUUCUAAAGAAAAAGGAAGGUUUCAUUGGUCUGGUGCUGAAACAUAUUGAUGCCUCUGCCAUGAUGGACCUGCUGCUUCGCCUCAUCAGUUGUGUGGAGCCUGCCCCCUUGAGGCAGGAGGUCCUUCAUUGGCUGAAUGAGGAGAAUUUGGUACAGAGACUGACAGAGCUUAUCCAUACUGGUAAAGAUGAGGAGAGACAAUCAAAUGCGUCCCAAACGCUUUGUGACAUCAUCCGCCUUAGUCGAGACCAGGCCAAUCAGAUGCAGGAUGGCAUGGAGGCUGAUCCACUAUUGGCUGUACUAGAGUCGCAGGAGAGUGUGGCGGGGCUCCUCAAGAACUUAUUUGAGGGGGAGAGGAGUGAGGCCUCCAUCGUUAAUGGAACUCAAGUGCUACUUACCUUACUGGAGACCAGGAGGUCAGGGUUGGAAGGGCUGAUGGAUCUGUAUUCUCAGGGUUACGAAAGGUCUUACACUGUCAACAGCAGUAUUUUAAAUGCCAUUGAGCCCCAUUUAAAGGACUUCCAGCAGCUUCUUAUGGAUCCCCCCAAGAAAAGUGCAAUAUUGACGACCGUUGGCCUUCUAGAGCAGCCAUUGGGGAACGCCCGCCUUCAUGUGGCCCGGCUGGUGGCCGCCCUACUGCAGACCAAUGCCCCCAGUAUCUGCCAGGAGCUCUGCAAUCUUGCUACCAUGGACCUACUACUGGAUCUGUUCUUCAAAUACUCCUGGAAUAAUUUUUUGCACUUCCAAGUGGAGCUGUGCGUGGCAGCGAUCCUGAACCACCCUUCCUCAGAGGAGCGGCACGGUCCAGGUCUCCAGAACCACGAUGGGAACCCUGCAGCGUCUAACCCUGAAGUGCAGGGGGAGGCCGUGGAGACAGGCAGGACCGUCGACCCACAGACCUCCAUCCACAAUGCCCUUGUGGCACAUCUCUUCCAGAAGUGUCGAUUGGUACAGAGGAUCCUUGACGCCUGGGAGGAGAAUGAUAGAAUACAGUCAGAGGGAGGCACCAGGAGAGGCAACAUGGGUCAUCUGACCAGAAUUGCCAACAUGGUGGUCCAGAACCUGGAGAAAGGAUCAGUACAGGUCCAGAUCACUGACCUCAUAAAAGAGCUGCCAGAGGACUGCAGAGGCCGCUGGGAGAGCUUUGUGGACGAGACCCUGAGAGAGACAAACAGGAGGAACACGGUAGAGUUGGUAAGCACCCACAACAUGCACUCGUCCAGUGAGGACGAUGACAUGGAGAGCCCCUUCCCCAAUGACCUCUCUCUCCAGCAGGCCUUCUCCGACUAUCAGAUCCAACAGAUGACUGCCAACUUUGUGGAUCAGUUUGGGUUCAAUGAUGAGGAGUUCAAUGAGCAUGAUGAAAAUAUCAAUGCCACAUUUGACAGAAUCGCUGAAAUAAACUUCAAUCUAGAUGCUGAUGAUAACAGUGCCAAUGCCGCUGCCUUUGAAGCCUGCUGUAAAGAAAGGAUACGCCAGUUUGACGAUGCCGAAGAGGAGGAGGACAUUUGGGAGGAGAAGGAGAUCAACUAUGCAACACAAGCUAAAUCCAGAACAAGGUUUGGUGUCUCUCAAACCUCAGAGGGAAGCUCCAGGAGCAGCAUGGAGAACGGAGGCAGGGAGCAGGACCGCGGAUCUGAAUCUGAUGAGGACGAAGACGCAGAGCAAAACACAUCAGAUUCAGGUCCAGGCUGGACAGCGACUUUCAGGGACUCUGGAGGAACGACAGCCUCCCAGACCCCACCAGGGUGGGAUAGCUCAAAUCGGAGCGGAGGGGAGACACAUGAAACAGGCUGGGCCAACUUCACUGAGUUUCAGCCUUUCUCUGGCACAGAGACCAAUCCCAGGUGCAGCUCUCCUGUGGACUCAGAUGCAGAUAAACAAGCCAAACAAAACCAUGAGAAGAGCGUAGAGGUUAGUGCAACUCCUAGUGCUUGGCCAGUGGGAGAAGGGAGGAAAGCUCCUCUCGUGGCCUCAGACAGCAGCUCCUCUGGGGGAUCUGACAGCGAGGAGGAUGACAAAAAUGCUGGUGCUGCAGCCACCACCUCGGAAAAAGCAGGCGCCCCUGGCAACCAGACAGCUGACCUCAAAAGCGAGGAGAGUCCUGUAUCUCUGGAGAAACUCUCUCUUUCAGAUCCUCCUAAAACACCAGAGCAGCAGCCUGCUGACGAGUCACCUGUACACACAAAGACUGACAGGAAAGAGGAGACGCCACCUCCUCAAGAAGUGUCGGUCAACGGACCCGUCUGAUCAUCACCCGACGCAGAAACCCGACCGUGACGGUGCUGCGGACUGUCGGCCUCCUCCAGAGUGACUCCCCUAAAUAACCUCACUGCAACUAUGGUGUUUUUACUGAAUCACUCUGCCACGUUAUUGGACCUGGACACUGCCAAUCAACACCAAUAAUGAGGCGGCGGAACAUGUAAAAAAAAAAAAAAAAUCUAUAUGUAUGAAAAAUAAGAAAAAGAAAACCCAGACCCAACGGAGCGUAGAGGAAUCAUCUUCGAAGCCUUCUUUCUGAUGUUGCACAUGAUUACGUGCGGUUUAAAUGUAGCAGCGAUCUUUGAAAACGACAGGUCCGAGGGGUAAACAUCGUCAUCGUUAUUUUUUUAUGUCCUGAAAGAUUUCUCUCUCCUACCUGUUGGACGCCCGUCGUUAGGGAUUUUACAUGGUCACCCCGGAACGGAUAGCACAGGCUAACUUUUAACGAUGCCUCAACAAUAAAUACCUGUUUUUCAAACCUUUUUUUUUUUUUUUCCUUCGAGCUUCAGAAAAAGCACUUAUGCAGCCAUUUACUGUACAUGAUAGCACAAUGUAAGUGUUCUCCCCUCAUCUCUGCUGGCCGUCUUAUCUGCCGCCCCCCACGUCAAGCUUUUUUUUUUUUCUCUCUCUCUCUUUGGUUGCCGAUGAUGGAACAUCUCUCGUCGCCGUUCAUCACCAGGUGUCUGAAUGUUUUGAAGUGCUUCAGGAGGGUCCGUCGAGGAGGAGGGGCGGGUCAAUGAACAGAGUUCUAAUAGUAUUACUGUCUUUUGCUCAUGUGCAAUAAUGUCAAUUAGCCAUUUUAUUUAAAAAUGAAAAUCCGUUUUUUUUUUUUUUAAAGAAUCGACUUAGUAUUGGAGACCCAUUUGGUGUAGUUUUGAGCAAACAUUUGGAUUUAAUCUCUGAUUUUUAAAUUACAUUUUCUGUAGUUUUUUUUUGUAGUGCAUGUAUAACUGGUUCUCUGUUGACCUAGCUAGUGAGCUAAGACCUUCUGAUUGUAUUGACCUUUAAGUUCUUAUUACUAUCCCCCUUAAAUCAACCAAACAUUAUCUACCUAUAUACAAAUAUUAUCUACAUUUAAAAGUAAUUUUACAAGCAAUCUUGAGAUUACUAUUGUUGUCUGUUCCUUUUUUUUUUUUUUCUCCCUCUCUCCACCGAGCACUUACACACAGAGCGAGAGUGGCAUCUGAUCAGAGUGAUGCUGUAUGGGUUCUUUUUUUUCUUUUUGAAAGUUUAAUUUUAUUUCUCUCUGAGAAGCAGGAUUGGAAAGAGGGCCGGUCUGCUGGGUUCUGUUGAGCUCCAGGCCUCUUUGGUGUACUUAAUUCAAUCAUUUGACAGCGAUCAGGUUCUCCGAUCAUUGUUAAGAAAACAAAUUGAAAUUAAAAGUGUCUGGUUGACCACAUUAAUACCAAAGGUUUGGCGUUUACCCGUCUGGUUGUUGUCUUUCCAUCUCUGCAAACAUGAAGCCGCCUGUUGAUGAGACGUGGACGUUAAACUCUUCACCCCCCCCCCUGCUGGCGUUGUCACUUCUGGUUGAUCAGGUUACUUCAGGUCACAGUGCAGCGACGAGACUGAGCGCGGGUGUCGUUUGUUCUCUCCACCUACAGGCGCAACAGAGCUGUCAGGAGAGUGAGGGGAGAUGUCUGUCAGACUCAGUGUACACUAGUGAGAGGAGGUCAGAGGUCAGCUGCAGCAGCAGAGGCUGGUAGGAACUCACCUACAGAGCGGAAGCACACUGAUGAUGUCACGGAGCCUCUAUAGGUGGUUUAAAGGUGGUAUCAGCUCUCAGACUACAAACUCAGAAAGUUCCAUCACUGAUCAUUUACUCAGGUGUUGUGUUGAUCCAAGUCCCAGCCAACUGUUCAUUUCAGCCACAAUUAAAAGAAAAACUUGAUACGGUAUCAAUUCCAGUUCAAGCUGCCAUUGUUUAAAUGUCUGUGUCAGUACAUCCAUCCCAUUCUUGUGAUAUCACAAGAACUCAAGGUCAAAGGUCACUGUGGCCUUACAAACAAGGUUUUUGUCUCGUGAACGCAGCAUCUUAGGGAUUUCUUCAAAUCUGCAGUCAAACAUAAAGUGAUUCGAAUUUGGAGACAGUGUGAUCUCACAGAUCUUACCUCACAAACCCGUCGUCUUCAGAACGUCUUGAGCGAAUCCUUUUUAAUGUGUCAAAAGUGUUAACGUCAGGCUAAAGGUAACGGGGACCUCACUCUGCAGGCUGAAGCUGUUCUGGUUGACAGAGGCAAACAACCACAGGGCAGUAACUCCAGUUUUACAGGCGACUAAAAUAGAAGAUGUUAAUAACAGAAUCCUAAUUAAGAGCUGAAGAUACUUAAGCCUUCCAACAGUCAUGAUGUGCAGUAUACACUCACUGUAAGUAAUGACACACAAUAUACACAAACAGCUGACUCAUGUCUGAAUCCUGCAGUGACACAUUUUAAACCUUUGUCUGAAUUUCUAUUCUUACAAAAGAAUCAACAUGAACAAAACACAGUUGGACAUUUAAACCCACGGUUUUUAUUUGGAUCCUAAAAACUAUAUUGACAUGAUUGACAACAUAACCCGGCUCAGAAUGUCAUUUCUAAUAAAAAAACAAAAAUAAAUAAAAAAAGGAUUAUGUCAUAUUGCUGUGGUUAAUUUAGCUGUUGACUUGUUACCAUGGAGAGAUGAGUAAACGAGAGUGAAAAAGAUGAGCUGGGUCUGACUGGAUGUAGACGACAGUCAAAACAUGACGUCUUCACACAAGCUGGUUCUGGCUGCUGCGCCCUGGUCGCUCUGGUCCAUCUGCAAAAUCAUUCUAAGAUAAAAUGAUUAUGAUGAUGCUGCGGCAGACUGUUUACAGGCCAUCUGUGGCUGUAGAUGUUAAACUCCACACAGAUACUUGAGCGAAAGAUCUGGGUUUUAACAGCUUGCUCAUGAAUAAAAUAUAUCAGACAGGUAAGAUGAGGGGAUGGUUACUGGAACAGAUUUCUGGCCCCGAACAAGCAAAUCAAAUGGAUAAAUUAUUCAAGGAGCAGGUUUAGCAGCAUUUUUGGGAAACUUUACUGAGCAAAGUGAUCCUUUACUUAUCAAUUAAAACCGUUUCAUCAUUUUCAAGCACAAAAGACAAGAAAUAAUCCAGAUACAGUUUGUUAAACUUGAUUACAUGGUGGAUUUCUUUGUCUUAGAUGACAGUGAAUUGAGUAUUUGUUCAUUCGCAUUGUCUCCUGAACUGUUAGAGAAGAAACUGAUAAAUUGAGACAGUAAAUGUUGGCUGCAGCUCUAGUGUUAGAGGCGACUGAGGGCAGUGAAACACACUUUCUCCCUUUUUAAUGAUCAUAUUGACAGAAUCUCCCAAAACCAAAUGAAUGAAUCUGUACUUUUGGCAUCUUUGAUUCAAAUCUUGAACGAUGACUUCAACCUGACAUACAGUUACACGUGCAGCUCAUUUCAGCAGCCUGACCCGUUACAGUGUUAAACUGACAGCAGGUCAGUUUUACAGAACCCGGCGGUGGUCAGACCCGUGUCAUCUACACCCAGAGUUCCCAUCGCUGUGAGAGAGCAACACAGUCAAAUCCAACCAGCCUUUAAAAACCACCCCAGAGACUUUCUCUCACACACCAUCUCCACUCCUGCACUGACGUUGGUAGUGAGCAAGGACAACCGUGUUUAAAAAAAAUAAUACGAUGAGGAUUUACUUGUACAUUAUCUAAAAAAAAA